AUGGACUGCAUUGAUGAGCUAGAAACCGAGCGUGAAUGUGUCGAUCCCUUCCAAAGGCGGCGUAGACGGACGGAGACUCUGCUAGGAAAGCUCCAUGAUUAUUGCCUAAAAUGCUACAGUGAAGUUGAUGUUGUGAUUGCUGAGUACCCAAUUCGGAAACUCUCCAACACAGAGGAAACACCGACUCAGUUCUCAGUUGCCGGAAGCACGAAAUCUCAACCUGAUUGGAGGAGCCUCCCAAGAAUUCGAAGCGAUCGGAAGGCCACGCUGGAGGACAUGCUUUACCGGUAUCACCGGGAUUGCAACAGUGAUAUCUACAUUUCCAUUUCAGAGCAUGCAAUAAACCAAUCCGAUAAGAGAAGAUGGCAACCAUCAAUCCAAAUUUUUGAGCACCGACUUGUGAAGGAUACAAGUAAAUGCUUUCCUCCAUCAAAAGAGGAACUGGAGAAAUGCUGUCCGCGCCCCGUUCAAAUAACCUUGGAGAACUUCUCCAAAUCCAAAUCUGCAAAGGCUUUAAAGCAGGAUAGAUCGAUUCCGCUGAGUUUUUCGACCAUCCCUCAUUCCACUAAGAAAAUGGAUAUAUUUGUACCGAGGCCGUCUCUAGGCGAAGUAGGCUUGGUACGGAAGAUGAUCAGGAGAAAAGAAAGACGAGGAAAUGGCCAACUAGUAGCGCGGAUGCAGGGUAAUGGCGGGUGGAUAGGCAGUGGUUAA